CACCCCGACUGUCCGAUCAGAGUCACUCCAGACUCAGAGAGCGCGCGCGCGCGAGAGAGAGACACAGAGAGAGAGAGAGAGAGAGAGAGAGAGAGAGAGAGGCUGACUGGAUUAGACUAACUUCAUCUGGACUUCUCCACCACACAGUCUCACCUCUCUCCAUCUCUCUAAGUUCUCUAGUGAGUCCUUUCGCCCAAACCGCACAGAAGGAGAGAGAGAAAGGAGUAAAAGUGUGUGUGUGUGAGAGUCAGUGAGACAGAGUGAGUGAGACAGAGUGAGUGAGACAGAGUGAGCGUGUGUGCAGAUAGAGAUAAAUAAAAGAAGUGCCACUGUAGCUCAGUCGCCGCUGUGUUUGGUUGCUAGAUAACCUAACGGCGCUGGAGUCGAAGCCCCAUGCGGACUGCCGUCUGAAAACACUCCGGGCUUUUUAUCAAUGAAGCAGGACACCAUGGCGGAGGGUCCCCGGUGUAAAAGGCGAAAACAAGCCAACCCGAGGAGGAAAAACGUGCUGAGUUAUGAAAGCGUGGUGGAGGCUGGCUCUGGCUCUGAGGAUGAGGACAGGCUACUGGGUUCGGAGGGUGAGGGCAGUCCGUUGGGUGUUCCCAGCUUGGAGGCCUCGCCCCGCGUGGCCCAUGCCUUACUGUCCUGCCGUGGAGACGAGGAGGCAGAGAGCCGGGACGUCUGGCGUCAUGGGGACCUGAACAGCGCAGAGGAGAAGAAAGAUGAAUACAAUCCUUUGAGCCCUGAUGUCUCUCUCCAUGGAGCUGGAAACGGUACAGUUAAGGGUAUCGAAGCCACUUCAGAGCUUGAGAGCUUCUUUGGUAAAAGGAAGCUGGAGGACAGUGAGGGUCAUCCGGCAAGCAUCGCCGAGUACCUGCAACGUGGGGACACUGCCAUUAUCUACCCAGAAGACCCAGAGGAGGGCACAAGACUGGGCACACCAGAGGCCAAUGGGCAGGACGAUAACGAUAACGAUCUGGCGCUGAGGACACCAGAUGACUUUGCCCAACUGUUGACCUGCCCCUACUGUGACCGGGGCUACAAGCGGCUGACCUCCCUCAAGGAGCACAUCAAGUACCGGCACGAGAAGAACGAGGAGAGCUUCCCCUGCCUGCUCUGCAGCGACACCUUCGCCUACCGCACGCAGCUGGAUCGCCAUAUGGCCACUCACAAGCCUGCCAGAGACCAGCCUCAGUUGCUGAACGAAGGGGCUGGCAACCGCAAGUUCAAAUGCACAGAGUGUGGUAAAGCCUUCAAAUACAAGCACCAUCUGAAAGAGCACCUCCGUAUCCACAGCGGUGAGAAGCCAUAUGAAUGCUCCAACUGUAAGAAGCGCUUCUCCCACUCCGGUUCUUACAGUUCACACAUAAGUAGUAAGAAGUGCAUUGGCCUCAUCUCUAUAAAUGGACGGGUACGCCAUGGGGUCAACACCAAGGCUGGCUCAUCCCCAAACUCUGCCGCUUCUUCGCCAGGCAGCCCUGCUCUGGCCCAGCUCCGGCACAAACUGGAGAAUGGCAGAUCUAUGGGCCUGCAGGACCCAACAGCACAUCCUGAUAUAAAGGCCGAGCCCAUGGACUUCAAUGAGUACCGUCUCCUGAUGGCUACGCAGGCGGAAUUCGGUGGGUCCGGGGCUUUUCUCAAUGGAGCUGGUCAUGGAGGGAGCCCCCUGGGGUUGCACAAUUCAUCUCAGAACCCCCUGCAGCAUCUUGGUAUGGGACUGGAUUCGCACUCAUUGGGCUUCCCAGGCUUGAGCAAUAACCUGAGUGAGGUUCAACGAGUCUUGCAGAUUGUGGACAACACAGUUUGUCGUCAGAAGAUGGAUAACAACCCUGAAGAGAUCUCGAAGUUGAGGGCCUACAUGAAGGAGCUGGGCUCCCAAAUGGAAGAGCAGAAGCUGGCCCUGGCCUCCCAGCCUGGGUUCCAUGGAGUUGGACACAACAGUCCUACAAAGAGCAUCAUCGACUACACACUAGAGAAGGUCAACGAGGCUAAAGCCUGUUUGAAGAGCCUAACCGAAGAUUCCAAGAGGCGGGCUGUUGACAUUAAGAAGGAGCGGCCCAGUCACAUUAUGGAUCUUGAAUCUGAUGAGAAGAUGCAGGAGAGGGAUGCACAGUAUGUGCCAUUCUCAUGCCAGUACUGCAAGGAGACUUUCACUGGCCCUAUUCCCUUGCACCAGCAUGAGCGCUAUCUUUGCAAGAUGAACGAAGAGAUCAAGGCAGUUCUGAAACCUAAUGAAACCUUACCAGCUAGUCGCAGGGGGAUGUUUGGCCCAGAACAGCAGGCUGUUAUGGUAUCGUCAACUCUGCCAGACAGAAAUGCAACUAGCCCAGUAAACCCUUUCAAAGAUCACAUGUCGGUACUGAAAGCUUACUUUGCCAUGAACACUGAGCCCAACUCUGAAGAACUGAGGAAGAUCUCCAUUGCUGUUGGUCUCUCUCAGGACUUUGUGAAAGAGUGGUUUGCACAGUGGAAGACUCAGUCUGUCCAUGGCAUGUCCAGGAAAAGAUCUCCACCCCCUGAACGGAGCAAUGUGGACAGCAACCAUGGCUUGACAAGGGAAUCAGCACUUGCUAGGUCACCUGCUUCCCUUGGCCAGUACGGUGACUCCACUGCAGAGCUCCAUGGUGCCACAAAUGGUGAUGCAGGGCACCGACUCUCCAAACAUCACCAGUUUACAGGCAUCAGACAGACCAAUGAAAAGCCACUUGACUCAGUGGACCACUUGAGAGGCGAAACGCCCUCGCCCUUGAAUCUUUCUUCCACGUCCUCAAAACACUCUCAUAGCAGCUCAUACACCCCUAACAGCCUCGCCUCUGAGGAUGCCCAUGGUGAACCUCUGGACUUGUCUUUGCCAAAACAUUUCUCUAAGACAGACAGGAGGCCCAAGCCAAACGGUUUCAACAUAGACCGUAAUGGUGACCCCGCAAUACGGGAACCGGGAACAGAACCUCUGGACUUAGCCCACAUCAAGAAGGAGUUCAACGGGUCCAAUAGCAUGGUCAAUGAAAGUCAGCUGGACAAAAGUUCUAGCCCCAUCUUUGGUAUCAACCCUUUCAGUGGCGGGCCAAUGUACACCUCACUACCACCUCAUGGGGCAUUUCCGCCACCUACCUUCAUGUCCCCAGCACAAGCCAGCAUCCCAGGACUCAGGCCUUAUCCAGGACUUGACCCUAUGGGAUUUCUUCCACAUAUGGCUUACACUUACGCAGCAGGCGCGGCCACUUUUGCUGAGAUGCAGCAGCGGCGGAAAUAUCAAAGGAAACCAGGCUUCCAGGGGGAGCUACUGGACAGCACAGGGGACUAUCUGUCAGGGUUGGAAGACCUGACAGACAGUGAAUCGCUGCUUGCCCGGAAGAAGAUUAAGAAGACUGAAAGUGGUAUGUACGCGUGUGACUUGUGCGACAAAACAUUCCAGAAGACCAGUUCCCUCCUAAGACACAAAUAUGAGCACACAGGAAAGCGGCCUCACCAGUGCCAGAUCUGCAAGAAGGCCUUCAAGCACAAGCACCAUCUCAUCGAGCACUCGCGCCUGCACUCCGGCGAGAAGCCCUACCAGUGCGACAAGUGCGGAAAGCGCUUCUCGCACUCGGGCUCCUACUCGCAGCACAUGAACCACCGCUACUCUUACUGCAAGCGGGAGGCCGAGGAGCGCGAGGCCGCCAAGCAAGAGGGUCACGACGGCAGCUCUGGCCCGCUGGAGCCCACGGAGCUGCUGAUGCGCCGGGCUUACCUGAAGGGCCUCGGGCCUCUAGGCUUUUCGGACCCGGAGGAUCAGAGCGAGGAAGUUUCCCGAGGAGGAGGCGUCAUCCUGAGAGACGGGACAGAGGGCGGUGCCAGAGAGGCAGAGAAAGCGUACCAGGAGGUGACAGACAGGCAAGGGGCGGGGUUUGGGGAGGAAGAGGAAAUGGAGGAAGCGACGUUGGAGGAGGAGGAACAGGGGAGGUUCAAGGGCCGACGGAGCCCGGACGGGAGGGCGACAGACGAGAAGGAAAACGGAGCGUCGGGAGGGAUGGAGGACGAAAGGUUGGAAGAGAGGAAGACGAUGGAUCACGAAGGCGAUCAUGAGGAUGCCGAUUAACUACUGCGAUUUGGAUUAAGCUUCCAGCAUUCUUUUGUUUUUUUCUUUUCCUCCCGCUCGUAUCGUUUCCUUUUUUUCCCACUGAGGGACUUUGAGCCAGAUUCACUUUUGUGACCACACUGCCGUGUCUCGAUCGUCCAGCCACGUGUCCUGAGAGACAUAAAGACAUUGUCAGACGGUCCAAGAAACAGGCUGGACGAGACUGUUCACAUUAUGCAAAAAACAAAAGUGAUUAUGAUCUUUCGACAUGUAAGAAGCAACUACAAAGGUGGCGCAAGUGUACAGCGUGGAGCGUGAAGGCUGUGUGGUGCUUAUUUCCGUAACCCCUGUGUUUUUAUCGUGGUCACAGCACAAGCCUGGAAAUUGCACUCCGAUGAAAUACUACAUUAAAUAAUAAUUAAGAGAUAAAAAAGAUACUUUUUAGAAAAAAAAAAGUAAGCAUUGCCUAUAUGUACUUAUACUGCGCUUGAGGCCGCAGUAGCGUGUCAGUGUUAUGUUUUUCGUCUAUCACUUACUGUGAUACCCUGUUUUUCUUUCCUGACCAGCCACUCGUUAGUUUUGGAUCUCAGUAUGGCUUUUUUAUGAAGCAUCUUUAUCUUAACAGUACCUGUAUGGUUCUUAAACAAACAAAGUCUUAAAAGUUUGACUAAAUUGGGGAGGGGGGUGAGGGUUUAGGGAACGUGGGAGUCCGAAACGAUGAAGGCUCCUUUCUGCGAGGCUUUGUCGAGCACCCCUGUACGUUUCUUUUUUUUUUCGUUAGAGAAAAGCCUUAUAUGCAAACCCUUUUCACCUGUGUUUUCUGCAAGUGCCAUCCUUGUACAGCGUAACAUGCGGAGUCGACUCAUGUUCUCUUUGCACCUGCUUUAGUAUUAAAUAAAAAUAAUCCACCUUGAUGUUUGAAUUACCUUUGUCAGUAUUAGUAUAGCUAGACUUCAUAGUUUACAUAUUGUUUGUGCAAUUUUCUGUAUUUCGUUUUUUGUUAUUUUUGUUUUUUUUUUUCUCUCUUUUUUCGUUCAAGACCAUCUGUCAGUAUUACCUUGGUUUGUUUUUGUUUUUGUUCAAUACAAAAAUUCAAUUAUUUUUAUUUUAAACUACCAUUUUAUUUAUGUGACUCAUUUUAUAUUUCCUAAUUAUAUUUAUUUCAUACUGUAGUGUACAGUAUUAUAGUUCCUCGAUAUAGAUAUAUUUUAGUAAAAAAUGGAUCCUGACAAGUGAAUAUCGGAGCAAAUUUUACAUUAAGAGAGCAUUUAUUGUAUCUGGAACAAUUACUGUUACCAUUGUUCUAUUUACUUAAUGUACCUGAUGAAGGAGAUUCUACAAUUUGGGAACUUUUGAUACGAUAUUGUGAAAACACUGUAUUUUUGACUGAGAAGAAGAAAAAAAAAUUCCACUUUAUUCAUCUUGUUUUUUUUUCUCUCUCUCUUUUUAGCUAAAGAGAUGAAGGCUGACUGUGGUUAAUGGGAUUCUUGAAAUGUCUGUUGAAUAUAAUUUAAUUUUUUUGAUUUGUAUUUUCUCUUGGAAAUGACCUUGCUCGAAUAAAUGUAGCCCAAUUUAAUUUUGAA